UCCGAGGCGGAUGGAGGAAUAUUUCAGCUUGAAGAAGCAACCUUCAGCAGACAGAGGAUCUAUGAUCAGAUUUCAGGGAGACUGAAUGAUGCAGAACGUCACCGAUGAUGUUUGAUUUGGAGACUGACACGCAUUAACGCUGCUGACUGAGUGAAAGGAUUGGAUGGCGGAAAGAACCCCGAGCGAAGAGCUGCGUCAAUAAAUAAUUUACAGACCAUGAACUAUGUGGGUCAGCUGGCAGGUCAGGUGUUCGUGCAGGUCAAGGAGCUGUACAGAGGCCUCAACCCUGCGACGCUGUCGGGAUGCAUAGACGUCAUCGUGGUCCGGCAGCCCGACGGCUCCCUGCAGUGCUCCCCGUUCCACGUCCGCUUCGGAAAGAUGGGUGUACUGCAGUCCCGUGAGAAAGUGGUGGACAUAGAAAUUAAUGGAGAGCCAGUGGGUUUGCACAUGAAGCUGGGAGAGAAUGGAGAAGCCUUCUUCGUCAAAGAGACAGAUAACAUUCUGGAAGUGGUCCCCUCCUACCUUGCAACAUCACCCAUUACGUCCGUGGGGAGGGAGUUAAUGCAGACCGAGCUGGACAGGGCUGCUUCUCACCAUCAUGAAAACAUCCCCUGCAGCACACUUCCUGUCCAGGGCCUGGGGCCACACGGAGGAGGGACAUCCAGGAAGAGGAGGAAGAGGAGAAGGAAAGCAAGGCCAGAAGGAGGAGGAGGGACAGGAGGGAGGAGAGAGGACAGCGUGGAGGAGUUCUCAGAGGAUGAAGACAUGUUUACUAUUGACCUGAGCUCAGAUGAGGAGAAGGAGAAUGACAGCAGCAGACCAGCAUACAGCGAUCGGGGGACUACAACCAAAAGCAACUUAUACCACAUGGCUGAGUGGACUGAAUCACGGAGUGAUGUGAUUAAGAAGACUCUUUCCAUCCCUCCAUCUUAUGGUCUAUCCAUCUCGUGUCCCGAGAGGACCUCUCACUUUUCUUCCACUGUUGGCAGUCCAGAAGAUGAUUCUGCAUCAUCAACACCGAAGAGUGACUCAGAACUGACCAAUCAGACUAAUCCUGAAAUGCUGUGGACCUGGGGGGAGCUGCCACAGGCAGCACAGCCAUCCUUCCUUGCUUCACACCAAAAGCAAGACUCGGCUGCAGCUGUCUCCAUCCCAGUGACUGCAAACAGCCACUUCAGAGCCAUCACUGACACGGGGCAACCUGAGGCUCCCUGUAGACUCCAGUCAGCCGACACCCCUGCAUCUGAAAGGACUGUGGACUUUGAGAAAAAUGGAGCUAGGGUGGAGUUGACAAUUACAUCUAAGAAGACAUCUGGAGAAGAGAAUGUGAGAGAGGCUGAGAAUGUCGGACCCUCAUCUAUGGAGGUGGAGAGGUCAACAGUUUGUUUGAUGUCACCAAAGACUCUCCCCGGGAAUCUGAACGAAGAAAGUAACAGAGGAAGUCCCGUCAGAAGUACCGAUUCACCAUUAAAGAGGAAAGAAAAGAGAAGCCAGCAUCUGGGGGCUGAUGGCGUAUAUCUGGAUGACAUUACAGACCUGGAGCCUGAAGUUGCUGCUCUCUACUUCCCGAAAAGUGACGGAGGCAGCAGUUCGAUUAGGGGGGACUCAGAGAUAAUGAUGGAUGUGAGAAGCACCAACCAAUCCCCUCAGUCAGUGGGCAGCAGUGGCAUGGACAGCGGUGUGGACAGUUUGUUGGACCAAACAGCCGACCUGCCUCAUGUUGCCAUCUCUUUGUGCGGAGGACUCUCAGACAACAAGGAGAUCACAAAAGAGCAGUUCCUGCAGAGAGCAGUUUCCUACCAAGAGUUCUCAGAGAACCCCUCUAUUAUAGAUGAUCCUAACCUGGUGGUCAAGGUUGGAAAUAAGUACUACAACUGGACCACAGCAGCUCCUGUUAUGCUGGCCAUGCAGGUUUACCAGAAACCCCUGCCACAGUGUUGGUGUUUGAGUUAUGUUUUUUCUGUUUUCGGCCUCUUCUCAUACUGCUUCCCUGGUUUGUUUGGCACCAGCACUUCAGAGCCUUGUGGGUUAGAGUUAGAGUUCAGUACAUUCUUUUCUAUUUUUUUCUUGCUGUCAUGUCUGUGCUUGUUAGUCCUGAGUUACAUUUCCACUCAUUUUUUAGUUGUAUGGCAUCAUUGUCCUCAGGCCUCGGUGGAGAACAUCAUGAAGGAAAAGAUGCCAAAGAAAGGAGGGCGCUGGUGGUUUUCAUGGAGAAGGAGGAACAGUGACUCUAAGUCGGAAACAGCUACUGAAAUAGGUGACAGAGAAGAUGGCUCACUCACUAUGACCUCAGUGAACGGUUUGAAGGAUGACUCUUCUUCAAGUGACGAGGAUCACACAGCAUGCAAUCAGAUGCCAGAAUCCUAUCAGCCAGACCCUGUUUUAAACUCUGCCAGUGUCUGUUAUAAGAAGACUCUUCGGCUUACUUCAGACCAACUGGCUAGCCUGCAGCUAAAGGAAGGUCCCAACGAAGUGGUGUUUAGUGUGACCACACAGUAUCAAGGCACAUGCCGCUGCCAUGGAACAAUUUAUCUUUGGAGCUGGGAUGACAAGAUUAUCAUCUCAGAUAUAGAUGGAACCAUCACCAGGUCUGACACUCUUGGCCACAUCCUUCCCACGCUGGGUAAAGACUGGACCCACCAGGGUAUAGCACGGCUCUACCACAGAGUCAGCCUAAACGGGUACAAAUUUAUGUACUGUUCAGCUAGAGCGAUUGGCAUGGCUGGGAUGACGAGGGGCUACCUGCACUGGGUCAAUGAAAGGGGAACCAUGCUGCCUAUGGGCCCAGUCCUGCUCAGCCCCAGCAGCCUUUUCUCUGCCUUUCACAGGGAGGUGAUUGAAAAGAAACCAGAAUUGUUUAAAAUUGAGUGUCUGACAGACAUCAAGCACCUUUUCUACUCAAACACCGAACCUUUUUACGCCGCCUUUGGCAACAGAGCCACGGAUGUUUAUUCUUAUAAGGAAGUAGGCAUUCCCCUGAACCGGAUUUUUACUGUCAACCCAAAAGGAGAGCUCAUACAGGAGCAUGCCAAAACAAACAUUUCCUCCUUUGGACACCUGUGCGAGAUGGUCGACCAUGUGUUCCCGGUCCUGGUUCAAAACGAGGAUAGUUAGUUUUGAUCAAACCAGCAACUGGGGAAAAACAGUUGCCUGAUAGUAGUAAUCAUGAGGAAGAUGAGUCGCAGCCUUUUGAGACAAACGGGGAAAACUCCAUCGGAUCAAGAAUGGAGUCUACAAGCUUUGUAUUGUCCUGUUUAUGAUGAAGCUGGCAGUCAAGCUCAGAGAUGAAAAUGAUGGUUUCAAGAACUGAGAUGAAAACAGCACAGAGGCUUUUUCAAUAAAAAAUGGACAAUGAAGAUAGUCCUUAUGCUUGAACAUUUCCUUAAAAUAGGUAAAUGUGAGUACUGAUUUAGUAUAAAAGAAUGUAUUUUUAACAGUGCAAACAGAAUCACAGAAGUAUUGGACGGAAGGAUAGGAAGAAGUACCUGAUACAUUUCGACAAAAGUUUGAGAGUUGCUCAGAAAGUUGAAUUAACACAUGGUUUAGAGCACAUAUUGGAAAGUGCACUGUCUCAUACAUACACCUCACUGCCAUAUAUUAUCUGUUUCAGUCCUCCAUACAUUCUCAUUUAAACUAAUAGAAACAGCCAGUACAACUGAAUAAUAAAGCAUUAUUUGUAUGUUUUUAUGCAGUGUCUACUUUUAAAUUGUCUUCAGGAAAAAGACAGUUUUACUCAACACCUGCAAUUUUCCACCAAAUAGUAUGCACACAGAAUGCAGAGUCUAUUCUGACCUCAUGUACAGGUGAAUCUUCUAAACCUUUUAAACACUGCAUUAUACUACAACUAUCCAAGUUGUGCAAAACAAAAACCACAGGUAGUGUUUUCAAGGAUCUUUUCUAUGACAACCUCCGCUGCACAUGCGGUUAAAUAUUUGUGGUAACCUGACCGUGCUACUGUGAGAAAUCUGUCUAGUUUUCUGUAAAUUUGUUUAAGAUAAAUGCAGAACAGUGCAAGCAAAUGUUUCAUAACAUGUGGUGAUAUGUAGGAAUGUAAUAUAUAAAUCCCCCAUUAUUCUAAUAGCUAAUGCUUGUCAAUGACAUUUUUAAUUUGUAGUUUUUGUAAUGUUGUAAUGUACGUAAGUAGAUAAGUUCAGCAUAUAACAUUUACCUGUCCUGUUACUGUAAAAGGGAAAAAAAACUGUGCAAAUUUCUCACGUUACCAUUUCCUAAACAUGGAGAAAACCACUGUAAAUAACAAAAAUCUUAAUUUGUGAGACUAUACAAAGUAAUUUAAACUGUUGUGCUCCACCUGUGUGUAUAAAUAUAUACGGUACAUAUAUAUAUAUAUAUAUAUAUAUAUAUAUAUAUAUAUACGGUACAUUUUUCCCACUUUUAUUUUGUUUUGUUUUUACUGGUGCUCAUUCAAAAGCGUGUGCAGCUCUUCAGUGACUUGUUCUAGCCACUCUCUGAGAUUUGCCGAUCUCACCAUGCGAACACUAGCAGUGCUGCAGUAUUUUAAAAAAUGCAUUCAUUGACAUGUAUGUCUACAUUACUUCAUGCUCUACUGGUGUCUCUGGCAUCCAGUUAAAAGCAUUUAGUUGACUGAAAUGUCUGGGUAUAUUUUCUUUAAAACUAAGAAUGAUAUCCAAUAAAACAAAGUUGCUUUAACCCUCCUUCAUAAAUUAACUAGUGAAAAAAACUGUUAUUAUUUGGUUUUACUUUAAUUUUACAAGCUAUUAAUCAGUAAGAAGUUCAAGAAGAAUACAGUCAACGGGCCUCCCAACUGAUCAUGAAUCAGGAAGCUCUGAUCAUAAUUAUGUUAUGUUGUAAUAUAGCGUGUGCAUAAGCUCCUUUAGGACUGGUGCUGCACUGUAAUUGACUGCCUAAAAAACAGUCAGGAAUGAGCCCUUUUGGUUAAAGUUCAGUGGGGUAUAUGUUGUUGGAAUGCUAAUGAUCUAAUGAUUAACAAAUUUUAGGGAUGUACUUUACUGUUAGAAAGUGCAAAGACGUAAUUAAAUCAGUGAUUACAACUUUUUAGAGUCGAUUAUCCUGUAGUUAUGUUUAAAUUCUUUCUGUGAAAGAUUAUGAAAAACUUAAAACAUCUUUUCAGUCGCUCUUUAUUUCCAGUUUAUUUAUUCACAUGUAAAGAUUACAGUUUUGACACCAAGCAGCAGUUCUACUAAACAGUGUGUGGUGCAAGCUGUUAACAAUGUAUUCUAAUCUGUAGAAUAAACUAUUUUCAGUAAUUAUAA